GUGGCUUACACUGUUCCUAAGAACACUUCAGUUAUGAUACUGAUAGAGCCUAUGAAUCAUGACCCAGAAUUUUAUCCCAACCCAUAUAAGUUUGAUCCGGAACGGUUUGGACACAAAGUCGUUCACCCGUAUCUCUUCGUACCGUUCAGUGCCGGCCCAAGGAACUGUAUCGGUCAAAAGUACGCAAUGUUGGAAAUAAAAUGUGUGGUGUCCCUGGUACUGAGGAAGUUCCGUCUUCUCCCCUCAGAGAUCCCAAUCACAUCGUGGUUCAACAUCGUCCUGAAAUCCAAAACCGGCAUUAAUGUACGUUUUGAACCACGGACAGAACUUUGAGAGAUUUUUUGUAUGCCAUGU